AUGGCGGAAGGACAACCUUCUGAUCGGCUUCUCGAAUGGCUGAACCAACCAGAUGAGCCGGAACCACCUAUCGAAGAGCCCCUCGAGGACAUAUCUGAGCCGUCCCGCGAAGCGCUAGAAGAUCCACUUGUGGUUGACGAGCCACGAGAGCAUAGUAAUUUAGAGGAGGCAGAAGAUUUGGUUGAUGGUAGCGAUCAUAAUAGUCGACUUGAACAAGAUGUGACCCCCGAAGUGACAUCCGUGCCCGAUUCUGGCUCUGCAUCUAUAGCCAGCCAUAAUGUUCAAGAGAGACAGGAGAAUUCACGCGCCGGAAAUGUCGCAUCACAAAAUUCGCUGAUACUACCAUCCGAGAUGCAACCGGAGCCUGAGGUGUUUGAACCUGAACCGACAGAACCGGACAUGAUGGUUCUGACGAGACGGACUGAUAAACGGAAGAAAGCACCACGCCGACUUACAUAUGGCAAGAUCCUUGACAACGCAGCCAAAGUGCUGGAGCAUAUUAAAAAUGGAAGUGUCCGUCAGACAUCCAGGCAUAAUAAGACGUCAAUUAUAUUUUACGAUUAUUCUGAAGAUACAAUGUCCGAGCCAAGAGCGAUUCUCAACGACAAUGAUAUCGCAAUUCUAGGACACGCAAAUCCAAGUGUCAAGCAGCGUCUGAUUCUCGUGGAAGAUCUCUCCAAACCGACCAUAGAUGCUCUUGGAAUUACCUUCAGCAUCAACCCGGAGUUCUUCGAGGAGCACCUGUUGGACUCGAACUACGCCGGUUCGAGGCAUAAUGAGCCACCGGCUCGAACGUGGAAGACGGCGACAUUUCCCAAGUCCCAUAUCUCUUUUAAGUGGAUCCGACCCGUUUAUCGACAGCCCACAUAUUUUUCACAUCGGGAUCUCAGUGACCUCCUGGAAAAAUGGACUGAGCAUUUUACUCGCCACGGCAAUGUUAUUACAAAAGUGACGACAAAUAUCUUCCGCAUAGAGUGGGGAUUGUGGACAGAUCCGACAAAAACCGUGAGGAUGGAACGAGAAUGUGGACUUGAAGAGAAGGUCUCAAUCUGGAAAGGUCAACUCCGAGGCCGAGAUACCGAGAUCGUAAUCGUGCUUCUUGAUCCUUUACCCGAGAUAAGCGAGUACCAUCGAGAUUGGAGAAUGAAUAAAAAAGAGGACUCAAUCCGCUGGGGGGACGUGGUAUCAGAAAGAUCUAUGCCCGAAAGCGAUAUGAUGGAAGAGGGACUAGGAGGAUUGUUUAUAGCAGAACCACGGCGUGUGCGGGAUGGACGAACAUUUUCCAGAAUGUGGGCUGAUAUGAUCGUGAGACGAAGAUUGAGAAAGCCAGUUGAAGUCGCCGAGAUGUUUGAAUCGGAUGACGAGGAGCCAGAGGGAUUGCGGAAGGUUAUCAUCACGCAGAUGGCGCCUCGCAAGUCUCUGGAUGUUGACCUGAACCAAAUAUUUCGCUCAUCGCGUCCAGCGGUGAAUUUUGGCAACCAACUGAGUCAGACGAAGUCUACUCAAGCUAGCAUCCGUGAGGCAUUCGAGAGAACCGGUGCCCCAGUUGGUCUCCUGGAGCCCCUGCUAGAGAUCAUUCGACGGGACACGUCGACUCUCCUCCAGCACUUACGACAAAUUCUCGACGAGGUAGAGGUCGACAUUCUUGAUGACACAAAGAUGGAAGACCGGUUGGCUUUAUGGCGCCAGAUCAUCCACCGUGCACAAAGGGAGCUACCGGAAUUGAAAAAUUCUUUGGAUCCGCUUCAUAAGUUCGGUCUCACGGUCACCCCUCAGACUGUAUCCACAAAGGCACCAAGUGAGCUAGCCAACAGCAUCCAAGAAUAUGAAAAACUGCCGCAUGAUAUCGACCUAAUGAUUGAGCGACUACGUGUUACAUCAGCCUCAUUAACCUCAAACAUGGGUCUCUUGGAAAGUCGCCGCUCAAUUGAUGAAGCUCAUGCUGUGACGAGACUCACUGAGCUCGCAUUCAUCUUCAUCCCUCUAUCCUUCGCUACGUCUGUCUUCGGUAUGCAGAUUGAGCCCUUCGCCAAUCCCGUUCCCAUGUGGAACUUCUUCGUCGUGGCUAUCUCCGUGACCGCGUUCUCGUAUUUGAUGAGAAUGACCAUGCGAAGCCAGUGGCUUACUCGCCUCAAGGCAGGAGUGAAAUACGACGUCCGAAAAUACGCAGAAAAGCACGGCCAGCCCGUGCAGUCCCGGUCACUUUCUAUGCUCCUAAUCCUGCAAUGGCUGAGCAGCCGAUCAGGUUCAAGCAUAUAUAGUGCGGUAAAAUGGAUUACCAAAGAGUGUAUCUGGGUUGGAAAGGCAAUCUGGCGGUUGUUUGGCUUCGCCAUCCUUUUCAUUUUGCUGAUUGGUGGCAUCUCAGGAAUACCGAUUGCUGUGAUCUGCUCUCGCGAUCUUGAGUCCGAUAUCAAGAUCCCCCUCAGUCUGUCUAUAGUCGGAAUGACCUUUUGCAUUGCGGGUCUUCCAUUUUGGUACAGAUAUGACCCUAACACUCGCGAUAUUCUGCCGAAACUCCUGAUGUCAGGUGUUCGGAACAUACCUCGUUGGUUACUGAUCGCACUCCUAAUAUUGGGUGUGAUUGGAGUCUUGAUUGGGGUGCCACUUGCUUUGAUUUGGAGCCGUUCACUCGCCCCUGGCAUUAAGGGUGGCCUUAGCGCUGGGGUUAUCAUAAUGGCGAUUCUUACAAUGGUAGCUUUUGGUUCGCUGGGAGUAUUCGGCAAUCGUUGGUCGGCUAGGCAGCGGAUAAUGCGGAGGACACAUCAACGUACCAAUACACGCUAA